AAGCUCUGUGACCCAAGAUGCUGCCGCGGCUCCUGGCACGCUCCGCCCCGGUUCUCCGGGUGCGGCCACAUGUCGCGGUUCUCCGGCUACAGACGCGAUGCUUUGCACACCCUACCAACACGCACCUGAUGCGUGACAAUGAUGAGAUGGCACCAUCCUCUGAGAAGCCCAUGUACAAGAAUGAGUUCGUUAUGAAAACCCCCAAGGAAUAUGAAGAGGAGGUGAAGAAGGCUGUGAGGCACCCUGCUGUUCAUGACACUUCGGAGCUCAUGGAGACGUCCUAUGAUCUUCACCAGUUUGUGGGACAGGGAGACUUGAAGUUUGCCAACUAUGACACCAUUCGUGAGCCAACUUUCCCUAGGAAGCCAGACAUCUCGAAAGGUGAGCUUGCUUCUGGUGCCACUGUCACCCGAACGGAUGUUUGGCACGAUCCCAAAGAGCCUGCCAUUGUGUCAAUUGCAAAGUUCUCCCCUGAGAAUUUCCGACCAGUUGGUUUGGCUGAGAAUGCCCCAAUGCCAAUAAGCACUGUCCCAGAGGGUGCUUUGGACUUCCGAGCCAACCGCCUGCCCAUUGGCCAUGCAGAUCGCCGCCCCUUCGUGUACUUCAUGACAGCAGCCAGUGCUGUGAUUGCUGCUUCUCUCAUCCGAGCAAUUGCCGGCAAGCUGAUCCUUACGCUGUGGCCAGCGAAAGAUGUGUUUGCUGCUGGUAUCGUGGAGGUGGACCUGCGCCCCAUCCGGGUGGGGCAGAACUUCACGGUGAAGUGGCGCUCCAAGCCCGUGUUCAUCCGAAAGCGCACACCCGAGCAGAUUGCCUCUGCAAGGAAGGAUGAUGUGAUUGCUCCAUCCAUGCGUGAGCCAGCCACAGACGCAGAACGUUGCAAGAAACCCGAGUGGUUGAUUUGCAUUGGCGUGUGCACGCACUUGGGCUGCAUUCCCCAGCCAGAUGCAGGAAACUACGGUGGCUACUUCUGCCCUUGCCAUGGAUCACACUAUGACUAUGCAGGGCGCAUGCGACAGGGACCUGCUCCCAAGAACUUGGAGCUCCCUCCCUACACCUUCCUUGAUGAGAACACGGUGAAGCUGGGCUGAGUGGCAAUGGCACUAGGCUGUCGGCAAACUUGUUUGCUUCAUUUGUUUCUUGUAAUUUCUUAAGACUUGAGUGACUUCAAUGUGGUGCUUUUUGACGAUGCUUUCAGCAUUUAAGAUCGCAAGAACUGUACCUUGAGAACCUGACGCAUUGCGAUUUCAUGGCUAGAGGAAAA